GCGUGAGUGUAUAUGAGAGGGGCGCGCGGCGGAGCAGCGGGUGCCGGGCGGCAGGGAUGGCCGAGAAACGGAGGGGCUCGCCUUUCAGCAUGCUGAGCCUCAAGGCACACGCCUUCUCGGUGGAGGCGCUGAUCGGCGCUGAGAAACAGCAGCAGCUUCAGAAGAAGCGCAGGAAGCUGGGUUCUGAAGAGGCGAUUGGAUCCUCGGACGACGGGGGCUGUAGCCGUGGCGGCAGUGCCGGAGAAAAGAGCUGCUCGGACAGAGACGAAGGCGCAGCGCUUUCGCCGCCAGCCGGGCCGUUGUCCGGGCCCGCCCGGAGCUGCGCAGACCUGGAGCGGAGCUGCGGCUCCCGCGGAGCCCCGGGCGGCUCUGAAGAUGGCUUCCUGCAGGGCACUUCCCCUCUGACAUCCCCAGGAGCCUCCCCGAAGGGAUCCCCCGCCCCCGCCCUGGCCCGGCCUGGGACCCCGAUGCCCUCGCCGCAGGCCCCCCGGGUGGAUCUGCAAGGAGCGGAGCUCUGGAAGCGCUUCCACGAGAUAGGCACUGAGAUGAUCAUCACCAAGGCGGGCAGGCGCAUGUUUCCAGCAAUGAGAGUGAAAAUCUCAGGAUUAGACCCUCACCAGCAGUAUUACAUUGCCAUGGAUAUUGUGCCAGUGGAUAAUAAAAGAUACAGGUACGUUUACCACAGCUCUAAAUGGAUGGUUGCAGGUAAUGCUGACUCCCCUGUGCCACCUCGUGUAUACAUUCACCCAGACUCACCUGCCUCGGGGGAAACAUGGAUGAGACAAGUCAUAAGCUUUGACAAGCUGAAGCUCACCAACAAUGAACUGGAUGACCAAGGCCAUAUUAUUCUUCAUUCUAUGCAUAAAUACCAACCUCGAGUGCAUGUCAUCCGCAAAGACUGUGGGGAUGACCUUUCUCCCAUCAAGCCUGUGCCUGCUGGGGAUGGAGUGAAGGCGUUCUCCUUCCCAGAGACUGUCUUUACAACUGUCACUGCCUAUCAGAAUCAGCAGAUUACUCGCCUAAAGAUAGAUAGAAAUCCAUUUGCCAAAGGCUUCCGAGACUCUGGGCGUAACAGAAUGGGUUUGGAAGCCUUGGUGGAGUCUUAUGCAUUUUGGAGACCUUCACUACGGACUCUUACUUUUGAAGAUAUCCCAGGAAUUCCCAAGCAAGGAAAUGCAGGUUCCUCCACCUUACUCCAAAGUUCUGGGAGUGGUGUUCCUGCCACCCACCCUCACCUCUUGCCUGGCUCCCCUUGCUCUUCUCCUGCCUUCCAUCUGGGGCCCAACACCAGCCAGCUGUGCAGUCUUUCCCCAGCUGACUACUCUGCAUGUGCCCGCUCGGGCCUGACCCUCAACCGGUACAGCACCUCUUUGGCAGAGACCUACAACAGGCUUACCAGCCAGACCAGCGAGACAUUCGCCCCGCCCAGGACUCCCUCGUACGUGGGUGUGAGCAGUAGUGCCUCAGUGAACAUGUCCAUGAGUGGCAGCGAUGGGGAUGCCUUCAGCUGCCCACAAACCAGCUUGUCUAUGCAGAUUUCGGGGAUGUCCCCCCAGCUUCAGUACAUCAUGCCUUCACCAUCCAGCAACGCCUUUGCUACUAACCAAACCCAUCAGGGUUCUUAUAACACAUUCAGGCUACACAGUCCAUGUGCCUUAUAUGGGUAUAACUUCUCAACAUCCCCUAAACUGGCUGCCAGUCCUGAGAAAAUUGUUUCUUCCCAAGGAAGUUUCUUGGGGUCCUCACCAAGUGGAACCAUGACUGAUCGGCAGAUGUUACCCCCUGUGGAAGGAGUGCACUUGCUUAGCAGUGGGGGUCAGCAGAAUUUCUUUGACUCGAGGACUCUAGGAAGCUUGACUCUGUCGUCAUCUCAAGUGUCUGCACAUAUGGUCUGAUGAAGCCUUUAAGUUCAACUACAUUUGAAUUUGUCCAAUGUAUUUUCUUUUUUCCUUUUCCAUUUUUUUUUAAAUUAAUUGUAGAAGAGACUUUCUCUGG